AUGAAUGAAAAAGAAACCAGUAGUGUGAGUUCCCAAGAUUACCUCCAGUUAGAGAAAGCAAGUGUUGCUGAAUCUGAUGAAGUCCAUCAACGAGAAGUGUUCUCUAAAAUGGAACUUGAAGCUUAUUUAGGUACUACUAACCACGUCAGUUCUUCCUACCAAGGAUUUAGUUCUUGGAAAACGUUGUCAGAUGGAGAGUUGACUCUCCAAGUCCGUACUGGUGAGGAGGGACCCUCAAAAGGUACUUUGGAGGAAGUAGUGGCGGAAAGGCAGCCUGAAGUGGCUGAGGAGAAGAAGAAGAAGAAGAUCAAAGAGAAGAGGGCUAAAGAAGAUGAGGAAGCCCAUCCAAUUAAGAAGAAAGAGAGGAGUGAAAGGAAAGAGCGCAUGCGGGAGGAGAAGCGCUUGAAGAAGGAGAAAGAAAGGAGAAAGAGGGCUGUGAGCCCAGAACUGGAUGGAGAAUCCACCUCCAUAAGGGAGGACAAGGGGGAGUCGGCACAACUCAGAGAAUCAACGCAACCUGAAACAACAAAAACGAUUGUGAUUAACGAAGGAGAAGAAGGAGAUGUCACCCCCUUGAUGUGGUGUCGCAAGGAGAAUGCGCCGCAAGGCUCAAAAAUAGACCCAACAAUUUUGCAAGUUGCGUUAGAAGAGCAGGAGAGGAGAAGAAAAGAAGAGGAUGAAAAGAAAAAGAAAAGCAUGCGGGCAAAACUCAUCAUCGUAGAAGGUAGUCGAAAGAGAAGAUUACACGAUGAGAAGGUGCGCCGCAACAAUGAAAUCUCGGCAGAAGAAGAAAGAAGGAGGCUCGAAGAGGAACAACGCCUCAUAGCAGUUUGA